GAAACGGAGCUCACUUUUCAUUCAGAAGUCAAGCGCGCGCUAAUCGCCAAUCGCUUGCGAAUCGAACGCUUCUCGCCAGCUAGCCAGUGUUCGUGUGGGCCAAAAGCUAUUGCGAAAGUAAUCAGUUUAACAAAGUUCUUUGGCAACAAUUUGUGAAAUAGUUCGGGCCCGCGCAAUUUUUGUGUUGUGGUUUUUGCAGUUUUCAGUAUACGGUUUUCGGUUUUUAGUUACCAGUGAUUUACCAACCGCUCCCCGUUGGCUGCUGUUUGCCUGCUGCUGGCCAGCCUGCCCCUGUCUGCCUUGCUUUUGGCCGUUUUGCGACUUAGCCGUCUCUGAUCGGUUGCAGAGUUUUGAGUUUUGAGUUGUUGGUGAAAUAUUAGCAUUGAUGCUAUAAAAUCCAAGAUCUGUCGCAGGCCGUGAUUCCCGAAAGGACUUGAACUCAAACCACCAAUUACCAAUUGUACAAUCAGCAAAGAAAUACUAACCGACACUGAGGAAGGAUCGCAGGAUACCAACCCACAACUACACAGCAACACAAUGGCCUUAAUUAUGAAAUACAUCGACAGCAUAAACAGAUAUAUGGACUCACAUAGUGACUCAAGGACAAAGGACUGGCCCAUGAUGUCGUCCCCGUUCCCCACACUGGCCGUGUGCCUAACAUACGUCUACCUGGUCAAGGUGCUCGGACCCCGAUUAAUGGAGAAUCGAAAGCCCCUGCAUCUGCAGAACACACUAGUCAUGUACAAUGCCAUACAGGUUGUAUUCAGCGCGUGGCUGUUCUACGAGUGCUUGAUGGGCGGCUGGUGGGGCUCGUACAGCUUCCGGUGCCAGCCGGUGGACUACACAGAUAGUGCCACAUCCCGGAGAAUAGGCAUUUCCGGUUGGCUAACUGGACAUUAUAGCUUCCGAUGUCAGCCAGUCGACUAUAGUAAUAAUCCUAGAACGUUAAGGAUGGUUCAUGCCUGCUGGUGGUACUACUUCUCGAAGUUCACCGAAUUCAUGGAUACGAUUUUCUUCGUGUUGCGCAAGAAGACCAGCCAGGUUACAACGCUGCAUGUCAUCCAUCACGGCUGCAUGCCCAUGUCGGUCUGGUUCGGCGUGAAAUUCACCCCAGGUGGCCACAGCACCUUCUUCGGCCUGCUCAACACCUUCGUUCACAUCGUGAUGUACACCUACUACAUGUUCUCGGCCAUGGGCCCCCAGUACCAGAAGUACCUCUGGUGGAAGAAGUACCUGACCACCCUGCAGAUGGUGCAGUUCAUCCUGAUCAUGGUCCACGCCUUCCAGCUGCUCUUCAUCGACUGCAACUAUCCCAAGGCCUUCGUGUGGUGGAUCGGAAUGCACGCCGUGAUGUUCUUCUUCCUGUUCAACGAGUUCUACAAGGCAGCCUACAAGAGCCGCAUGAUGAAGAAGAACGGAGCGCUGGCGAACGGACACGCGAAACCCAAUGGCUACUGCAAGAGCAUCAACGCCCACGACGACCUGGCCAUGCCCCAGCCGACGGAGGCGGAGGUGGCGACGGCGACGCCCCUUUCGAAGGCCAACGGUAGCACCACCCCGCUAACUAAUGGCCAUGCGAACGGCCUGGCCAACGGCUAUAAGCAGCUGGCCAACGGCAGCACAGCGCACAAGGGGGCGAACGGGGGGCUGGCGACAAACGGAUAUGCCGCCAAGCUGCUGGACGACGCAUCCCAGGACCUGAAGCAGCGGAAGACGCCGAAAUAAUAUCGGGGCAAAGCGGGGCGGCGCCAGCACAGAGCUUAGAGCGGACCAGAGCGAGGGACAGCAGCGCCAGGAGCUUUCCAGCUGCCCGGACGAUGGGAGCGGGAAGCUCCACGAGUCAUUUCCAUAGACAUUCACAAACUUCACUUUACUUCAUCACACAGCCGGCAUACUCGACACAAGGACAUAAGGAUGCGGGCGAGCAGCCUGGGAAUAGGAUACUGAGUAGGCGUAGAGCUGAGAGCUCGAAGCUCCAAGCAGAGAGCUUCUCGUUCGAAAGGCAUUACAACUCCCACUCUACAACGUCCACACAUCCACAUCCACAUCCAGAACCACCCCCACUUCCACCCACAAUCCAAAAUUCAUUUACGCGGACAUAAAAAUAUGCCAAUCGUAAGCAGACCUGCAUACGCAUUGAAGCAUAUCCAAAUGUAUAGGCAUUGCGAAGGCAUAUGCGCCCAUUCGUCUAACACACUAUAUAUUAAAUAUGUUUUGUUGCUUCUUUUUCUUUAAUUACUUUAGUUGUACAAAACUUACCUAUUCUAAGUACCCGAAGCGGAUUGUAAAAACGUGAAACUGCAAACCUGCAAGCAUCAGAUUCAACUAAAUGCAAAUUUAAACAGAAGCCCAGCAUAAACGAUUUAAAUACAAAAAAAAAAAACUAAAACUAAAGCUAAAGCAUGGAAUUCAACUAUUUAAGUCUAGAAAUUAAUUUGCAUAUGUGUACAUAUAAUACAUGUAUACAGAACACACAAAAAAAAUAUAUAAAAAGAAUACAAAGAAACAAGAACUUUUGUAAAUGUAUAAAGCAUAAAUAAAACAAAAAUUUAAUUUAAAAUUAGGCACAAUAAUUGUUAAAAUAAAGUUCAAGCUGAAAUGGUCUAGAUUCUAGAACUAUUGGGCGACAAAAAGUAAGGCAACGUUUCAAACUAAACAAGCAAGCAAGAAAGCAGAAACAAUGUACGAAAAUUAAAUCACAGGCUAUCAAAUUAUCCCUAUACUGUUUCAUUAAUUUAUUACAAAUAAAUUAUGCCGCUAACCUAAAACCAAAAAACACGAUUUGUAUGUGCAUUGCUAUUUGAUUAAAAAACAAAAUCGACAAACAUCCACAAAAACAUGAAUAUUAAUUGACAAAAUAAUGAAUACAGAUAAGAGUAUCCAUAGACUCUAUAUAUUCACUUGAAACGGAGCAUUAAAAUCAGCAAAUUGUUGGAAUCAAAAAAUAAACAAAAAAUUUAUUACAAAAAACAAAAUAGACUGUAAGUCCCACACUCUAGGUUCUAUAGGUAUGCAAUUGCAAUACGUUUUGUAUGCGUAGUAGCCAUUUUUGUGGAGCAGUAUGUAAACAUUACCUAUGUAAUUAUUAUUAUACAACUACAAAACCCAACAAAAAAACAAAAACAUGUGUAGAAAAUUAGGCGAAAAUGGAGUGGAGCAUUUUUUCAAUAAAAACACUAAACAAAAUUCA